AGCUGUGUCCAAUCACAGCUGAUCACAUGGGACAUGUAGACUGAUCAUCAGGGCACUGAUGAUCAGUGUGGCCCCAGAAGUGGCACCUGUCAGUGCUCAUCAGUGCCAGUGCCCAUCAGCACCACAUCAAUGUCACAUAACAGUGCAUACCAGUGCACAACAAUGCCACAUAUCAGUGCCCAUCUGAGCUUCCUUUCAAUGUCACCCAUCAGUGCCAGUCAGUGCCACCUAUCAAUGCCAAUCAGUGCCGCCAAUCAGUGCUGCCAAUCAGUGCCAGUCAGUGCUGCCUAUCAGUGCCAUGUAUCAGUGCCACCUAUCAGUGUCAUGUAUCAGUGCUGCCUUUCAGUGCCCAUCAGUGAUUCCUGUCAAUGCCCAUUAGUGCAACCUACCAGUGCUUCCUCAUCAGUGCCACCUAUCAGUGUCCAUCAGUGCAGCCUAUCAGUGCCCAUCACUGCAGCCUCAUUAGCGCACAUCAGUGAAGGAAAAAAAUCACUUAUUUACAAAAUUGUAUAGCAAAAACUAAGAAAAAACUUUUUUUUUUCAAACUUUUCAGUGGUUUUUGGUUUAAGAAAAAAUAA